UUUUACAUGGUUUGAAAAUAUAGAGAAAGAAAAUUGUUAAGCUAAUGGUUGAAAAUGAUACUAAUUAUGGUUGGUUUGGCCCGUGUUAGGCGAUAAACCCUAGUAAAAUUGGGUUUUAUUUUAUUUAAUUUUGUGUGUGAGAUUUAUAUGUUUGUUCUUUUUUGGGUUUAUUUAGUUUUAGUGUGUUAGAUUUAUAUGUUUGUUAAAAAUUUGGGUUAUGUUUUAGAUGGUUUGAAAAUACAGAUAAAAAAGAAAUUGUUGUGAAAUCUGGUGUCAUCUCUCCUGCGACAGUAACCGUGAUGAGUGAAGAUAAUGGGAAAAUGUCGCCUUAUAGGCGACAUCAUAAUGAGGAUUUGGAAGCUGGGAGUAGUAGUAGCAACAACAUCAAUUCUGGUAUUGCUGAUUGUGGAAGUCCUUUUGAUAUUCCAAGAACUAAAAGUGCACCUAUCGAUCGCUUGAAACGCUGGAGGCAAGCUGCGCUUGUCCUUAAUGCUUCUCGUCGAUUUCGAUAUACCUUGGACUUAAAAAAGGAAGAAGAAAGAAAGCAAUUGAUUGCUAAGAUAAGAACCCAUGCACAAGUCAUUCGGGCGGCUGUUCUUUUUCAAGAAGCGGGGAAGACAGUCAAUGGGGAUGGGCCUGUUAAAACAUUGCCUCCAACUACUACCUCUCGUGGCGAGUUUGAUAUCAGCAUGGAGGAGCUGACGUUUAUGUCUAGAGAGCAUGAUGUUACUGCUUUACAGCAAGUUGGAGGGGUUAAAGGGGUGGCAGAGAAGUUGAAAACAAAUUUAGAUAAAGGAAUCGAUGGAGAUGAAGUAGAUCUGCUGAAGCGAAAGAAUGCAUAUGGAUCCAACACAUAUCCUCGGAAGAAAGGAAGGAGUUUCUGGAGGUUUGUUUGGGAAGCUUGCUGUGAUACAACCCUGAUAAUUUUGAUGGUAGCCGCUGCUGCAUCAUUGGCGCUGGGCAUAAAGACUGAGGGUAUAAAAGAAGGAUGGUAUGAUGGAGGAAGCAUUGCUUUGGCAGUGAUUAUUGUUAUAGUUGUGACAGCUGUUAGUGACUAUAAGCAAUCACUUCAGUUCCAAAAUCUUAAUGAAGAGAAGCAGAACAUACAAAUUGAGGUCGUUAGAGGUGGGCGAAGAAUUCCCGUUUCAAUAUUUGAAGUAGUUGUUGGUGAUGUUAUACCUCUGAAAAUAGGUGACCAGGUGCCUGCUGAUGGAAUAUUAAUCUCGGGUCAGUCUCUUGCGCUUGAUGAAUCAAGCAUGACAGGAGAGAGCAUGAUUGUUCACAAGGAUCCUAAUAAAUCACCUUUUCUGAUGUCUGGAUGCAAAAUUGCCGAUGGCUAUGGAACUAUGCUGGUGGUAGGUGUUGGAAUAAACACAGAAUGGGGAUUGCUGAUGGCAAGCAUUUCAGAGGAUAAUGGAGAGGAAACACCAUUGCAGGUCCGUCUGAAUGGGGUGGCAACCUUCAUUGGCAUAGUUGGGCUCACUGUAGCUUUAGCUGUUCUGAUUGUCCUUAUGAUCAGAUUCUUUACUGGGCAUACUUAUAACCCAGACGGAUCUCCUCAAUUCACAGCUGGGAAAACAAAAGUUGGCAAGGCUGUAGAUGGAGCUAUAAAAAUCUUCACUAUUGCUGUUACAAUUGUGGUUGUGGCAGUGCCAGAAGGACUUCCUUUGGCAGUUACCCUAACGCUUGCCUAUUCAAUGAGGAAAAUGAUGGCAGAUAAGGCUUUGGUGAGAAGGCUUUCUGCUUGUGAGACUAUGGGCUCUGCAACUACAAUUUGCAGUGAUAAAACUGGAACCUUGACUUUGAACCAGAUGACUGUCGUUGAGGCCUAUGUCUCUGGCAAAAAGAUUGAUCCAGCUGAUGAUAGAUCUAAAGUGCCUCCAACUGUGUUGUCUCUGCUCCAUGAAGGGGUGGGACUGAAUACAACUGGAAGCGUAUUUGUGCCACAGGGUGGUGGUGCUACUGAGAUUUCUGGAUCCCCGACAGAGAAAGCUAUUCUCCAAUGGGCUGUCAAUCUAGGGAUGGAUUUUGAAGCAGUACGAUCAGAAGCAUCUAUUAUCCAUGCUUUCCCAUUCAACUCAGAGAAAAAAAGAGGCGGCGUUGCUGUAAAGCGGGAUUCUGAGGUUCACUUGCACUGGAAAGGAGCUGCUGAAAUUGUUCUCUCUUGUUGUACAAGUUUCAUUGAUGAGAAUGGGUCGGGGGUUCCUCUCGGCGAUGAUAAGAUGUCACAUUUCAAGGAAGCAAUUGGAAACAUGGCUGCUUCGAGUUUGAGAUGUGUUGCUAUUGCCUACCGGGAACCUCUUGUCACCAAUAUCAUGUGGAGAAACUUACUGAUACAGGCUCUGUAUCAAGUUACAGUUCUCCUGAUCCUUAAUUUCCGAGGUAGAGAACUUCUGCAUUUGGAGCAUGAGACGAAUGCGCGCGCUAUUAAACUGAAGAAUACCUUGAUUUUCAACGCUUUUGUCUUGUGUCAGGUUUUCAAUGAAUUCAAUGCUCGGAAACCAGAUGAGAUGAAUGUAUUCAAAGGAGUCCAAAGAAACCGUCUAUUCAUCGGAAUUGUUGGCAUCACAGUGGUGCUUCAGGUUCUCAUCAUAUUCUUUCUUGGAAAAUUCACUUCAACUGUGAGACUGAGCUGGAAAUUAUGGCUUGUUUCAAUUGCCAUUGGAAUUAUAAGUUGGCCUCUUGCUGCUCUUGGGAAGUUGAUACCUGUCCCUGAGAAGCCAUUUGGUGAAUAUUUUUCCAAGAAAUUGCCAAAACGAAAAAAUCAACAAGAGUGUUCAUAGACAUCUACACAUACACAAACUUAGCUAACCAAAAGUGUCGUCGUGCUUUUGUAAGAGUGGCGUUUCUUUUGCUACUGUACAGAAGUAUGCCGCUAAUAUUUCAUUUUGUGAAUGUAGUAGAUUAGUAUUAUUAUUAUUUUACUUGAAUGCCUCUUUUAAGUUCGGAUGCACUCCCCUUUUGCAGCAGAUACUAAUUUUCCUGUGACUACU